UGCGCAUCCACGAUCCCGCCCCCCCCCCGCGAGAUUUGAACCCAGGACCUAUCAUAUCAGUCUCUUUAUUUUCAUCUAAACAGUUAAUCCAUGUUAGUUUGUUCAUCUUGUCGUUAAGGUUCAUAAUAGUAAACCACAAUCUAAGUGUUAGAUAUCAAUAGUUUAGUGACAAAAUACAUAUAUGUCUUGUAUGAUAAUGUCUAUCCCGAAAAUUCCUAUUUUCUGUUUAUUUGUAUCUAUAAUGUGUGUGUGUGUGUUUAUGAUGUGCAUAUGAUUUUCGUUUAUCAUUUGCACAUAUGAUAUAAUAAGAAUAGGAAAAGGGCAAAUAAAUAAAGCCUAUCUAAUAUGAAAUGUGUUAAUUUCUAUUCAAUAUGUCCUACAUUUUAUUCUUGUCAUAAUGAUUGGUUUUUAGGCUAUAAAUGAAGGGAAGGUUAAAUGUAAUACAAAAUCAAUCUAUAAUCGAUUAAGCCAAAAAAGGAUAAUAUAUAAUAGUAACCAUGGAUGAAUGAUUAUUUUGAUAAGAGGAAGGGGGGAUGGGCACAUAAAUAAUUUAGAGAAAAAAACAAAAAAAAAACUUUCAAGGUUAAAACAGUAAAUAUUGAUAGAAAACUUUACACAAUUUUAAAAGGUGACUAUAAUUUUGUAAACGAGAUCUAUUUUCAUUAUAAAAUCUUUCAUCAAAUCAAGUAAAUCUUCUUCUAAACUCUGCAUUAAUUCAUACCGAAUAAAAAAUGGCUACUCGAAUGAGCGAUAUGGGUAUGGAUGUACAAAUCAAUCGUCGGUUAAAUAGUAAAUAUGAUUCAGAAAGUGAAGCUGAAGCUAUUAGUUGGUUAAAUCAAUUAACAAAUGAAAAUGUACCAUUUGGUAGAGAAAAUGUUGCCGCUGCAUUAAAAAAUGGACAAAUAUUAAUCAAGUUGAUUAAUGUCGUGUUUGAUGGUACUGCAUCUCUUCCAUCAGCUGCAGCUAAAAUGAAAAGACCAUUCAAAGCUAAUACAAUGACCGCUCCCUUUAAACAGAUGGAAAAUAUUCAAACAUUCCUCAAUGCAGCAGUUGCCUAUGGAGUACCCAGAGCUAGUUUAUUUCAAACCGUUGAUUUGUAUGAAUUACGUAAUAUGCCACAAGUUUUAAAUACAUUACUACAACUUGGAACAGAGUGUCAACGUAACAAUUUUAAUGGACCCGUAUGUGGUCCCAAGCCAACUUAUGAAAAUAAACGUGAGUUCACUGAAGAACAACUUAGAGCAUCCGAAGGUAUAAUUGGUUUGCAAGCUGGAACUAAUAAAUGUGCUAGCCAAGCCGGAAUGAGUCAUGGUGGACCACGACAUAUUACAGAUAUUAAAGUAGAUGCUGCUUCAAAAGAAGGUCAAGGUGUUAUUGGUCUCCAAAUGGGUUCAAACAAAGGUGCUACUCAAGCUGGAAUGAGUCAUGGUGGACCACGACAUAUUACAGAUAUUAAAGUAGAUGCUGCUUCAAAAGAAGGUCAAGGUGUAAUUGGUCUUCAAAUGGGUUCAAACAAAGGUGCUAGUCAAGCUGGAAUGAGUCAUGGUGGUCAAAGACAUAUUGCAGAUAUUAAAGUUGGUGAUAUGUCAAAAGAAGGUCAAGGUGUUAUUGGUCUUCAAAUGGGUUCAAACAAAGGUGCUAGUCAAGCUGGAAUGAGUCAUGGUGGUCAAAGACAUAUUGCAGAUAUUAAAGUUGGUGAUAUGUCAAAAGAAGGUCAAGGUGUUAUUAGUUUACAAAUGGGUGCUGGUAAAGAUCAAGUAGCUUCACAAUCUGGUAUGAGUUUUGGAGCACAACGUCAUAUUGUUGAUUCACAUUAAAAUAAUUAUCAAUUACUUCUAAUUUUCAUUUAGUUCAUAAAGCUUUCUGCUUAUUUAUAAUUAUAUCAUCAAAAUGAUCAUUCCUAUCUUAUCUUAUUUGUGUUAUUAAUAUGCUUAUCAUUAAACCAUUUUCAUAUGACCAUUAAAAUGGAUCAUAUUUAUGUUCAAUAGUUUCACACUAUUGAUAGAAUGAGAUCAUUAUAGAAUGUUUCUUUUUUUUUUGGUGUUUAUUUUUGUUGUUGCACUUUCACUAUCAAAUUGUUAUUCAUGUAUAAGAAAGAAAAAUUUUCCCGCCUUUCGCUAUUUAAGUUUAUUGUUUACUAUUUAUUUUUAAAAGUAACGCUUUAUUAACGUUUUUUUCUCUCUCUCUCUCCCCCCUCUCUCUCUCUCUCGAAAAUAAAAAAAAUUGUUGCUAUGAUAUUUUUCAUGAUUUCCUUUUAUUGUUAAGAUCAGUUUUGAUGCAUAAAAUGGACCAAACAAAAAAUGAUUUUUUGUUUGUUUUAAAAUUAUGUAUUUAUUCAUAUUGUUUAUCAUGGAUCUGUUUUAUCACUGCUUCUCUGCUAUCACUAUCACUAUCACAAUAAUAAUAAUAAUAAUGAUAAAAGGUUUGUAAUAAAUAGUGUUCCUUU